CCGCCGCCGCGCUGCCGGGAACAAUGAGGCGCGCGGCGCGGGGCUAAGCGCAGCGCCGCGCCGGCCCGAGGCCGAGCACCCGCCGCGCCCGCAGCUGCCGCCCGCCGCCGAGCAGCUCUGGCCCGGGGGAGGUGAUCCCGCAGGCCGCCCGGGACGCGAGCGCGGGUCGCUCAGGGCUCCCGAGGUGGCGCGGGGAGGCUGCGCGGCGGAGGCGGGGGCGGCCACCGGCAGCAGGAUCUGAGCCGCGCGCUCGGCGUUCGCAGCCCCCAAGUUCCGCGGCGCGCGUCGGGCGCCCCCGGCCCCGGGUCCCGGCUCCCGCGGGCGGCCGUGUGAGUGUGGGAGCGCGUGGCGCGCGCGCCCGAGCGGCUGCCGGAGAAUAAAAUGUGACACGCACGUCUCCGUCUCCAGCGCCGCGCAGACGGGGGAGCGCGGAGCACCGCGGGGUCGGACGGUGCGAGGCGCGGCGUCCGGAGAAGGUUCAUUCGGCCUCCUACCGACACAAGGUGCUGACCCCAGAGACCUGCCAUGAAACCACAUUUGAAGCAAUGGAGACAACGAAUGCUUUGCGGGAUCUUCGCCUGGGGGCUCCUCUUCGUAGUGAUUUUCAUUUACUUCACCGACAGCAACCCAGCUGAGCCUGCGCCCAGCUCCUUCUCCUUCCUGGAGACCAGGAGGCUCCUGCCCAUGCAGGGGAAGCAGAGAGCCAUCAUGGGUGCCAUGCAGGAGCCCUCCUUGCCCGAGAGCGUGGGUGUGAACAAGCGGCUGCUGGGCGGACGCCCGUCUGUCCCCUUCCGCGCUGGUGCAGGCGACCUGCCGCAAUGGACCCAGGUGCAGGAUGGGUUUGAAAAUGACGAAGAGUUCUUUUCAUCCCAGAUCGGGAGAAAAUCGCAAAGUGCUUUCUACCCGGAGGACGACGACUACUUCUUUGCCGCCGGGCAGCCAGGGUUGCACAGCCACACUCUGGGCACGCCGGGGGCCCUCUCCCCCGGGGACCCAGGCCGGCGGGAGGGGGCUGCACCGGCUCGCCUGGCUCAGAGAAGGCGGUCGAGGAAGCGGCAGCGGAAACCCGGCGGGAGCCCAGCGCUGGAGGACGGCGACGACGGGGACAGGCUAUACUCGUCCAUGUCCAGGGCCUUCCUCCACCGGCUCUGGAAGGGAAACGUCUCGUCCAAGAUGCUCAACCCGCGGCUGCAGAAGGCCAUGCAGGACUACCUGAGCGCCAACAAGCACGGCGUGCGCUUCCGCGGGCGGCGGGCGGCCGGGCUGAGCCGCGCCGAGCUGCUGUGUGCGCUGCGGAGCCGGGUGCGGGUGCGCACGCUGGACGGCAAGGAGGCGCCCUUCUCCGCGCUCGGUUGGCAGAAGCUGGUCCCCGCCGUGCCGUUGAGCCAGCUGCACCCACGCGGCCUGCAGAGCUGCGCCGUGGUCAUGUCUGCCGGCGCCAUCCUCAACUCCUCCCUGGGCGAGGAGAUAGAUUCUCAUGAUGCAGUUUUGAGAUUUAACUCGGCACCUACACGUGGCUAUGAGAAAGAUGUUGGAAAUAAAACCACCGUGCGCAUCAUUAAUUCCCAGAUUCUGACCAACCCCAAUCAUCACUUCAUUGACAGUUCAUUGUAUAAAAACGUCAUUUUGGUGGCCUGGGACCCUGCUCCUUACUCUGCAAAUCUUAACCUGUGGUACAAGAAGCCAGAUUACAACCUGUUCACUCCAUAUGUUCAGCACCGGCAGAGAAACCCAAAUCAGCCAUUUUACAUUCUUCAUCCUAAAUUUAUAUGGCAGCUUUGGGACAUUAUUCAGGAGAACACCAAGGAGAAGAUUCAGCCCAACCCACCAUCUUCUGGCUUCAUUGGAAUCCUCAUCAUGAUGUCCAUGUGCAGCGAAGUGCACGUGUAUGAAUACAUCCCGUCCAUCCGGCAGACGGAGCUGUGCCACUACCACGAGCUGUACUACGACGCGGCCUGCACGCUCGGCGCGUACCACCCGCUGCUCUAUGAGAAGCUGCUGGUGCAGCGGCUGAACACGGGCGCCCAGGGGGACCUGCACCGCAAGGGGAAGGUGGUCCUGCCGGGGCUCCGGGCGGUGCGCUGCCCUGCGCCCAGGCGCGUUGGUCCGCACUCUUGAAGAGGGGCUCUUGAGAGCCCAUGUGCAAUAAGGUACUACUGUCGUACUCUGAGUCCCAGAAGAAUACUUGAAGAUAUAUUUUAGGCAAUGUAGUCUUCAGUCUUUAGACUGUAAUUUAGUGGUGGCCGCGAGAAUUCCUCUUUUUCUAAGCCAUUGAGUAUUUAUUACUACUUUGAAUACAGAAAUGGAGUUUAAAAGGAAAAAGCUCAAGAAAGAUGCAAAAAAAAAAAAAAAAAGAAAAGAAAAGAAAGAAAAAGCAAAUGUGUGACGAAUGGGUACUAUACCUCCAGAAAUGUUAGCCUUUUCUUAUGCCGUGGGCACCCCUUAUCAGGGUUGGUUUCAGCUACAGGUUUCUUUCCAUGAUAUACCUGAUACUAUGAAAUGAUUUAUACACCCUUGUCAAGGUACGGUAUCUAUAGCACCUAAUGUGUCCCUUGUACAUUCAUUCGUUAUUAAAUACCCUAGAGUUUAUGACAACCAUCUGAAUUAUCACUCAGAUGUGUUUAACAGCAGAAUCCCCAGUAUAUGUUGAGAGAUGCACAUGUUCCCCAACCGUUGCAUAUUCCCCAGUUGCAUUUCCCAUUGCCCACUGAAUUUUUGCUUUGUUUCUAAAACCAUGAAGCAUCCAUCUCAAGCAGUCCAAGAAAAAGCCACUCCUGGAAUAGCACUGCAAAGGAGACACUUUGUUUUCCUGCAGUAUUUUCUUACUCUGGCAAGUAGACACAGAAUCACUGGGCUGGCUGCAGGGUGGCCCGGGACCAGGAUGUUCCCAGCUCCAGCUUUUGAGCACUGUACCUCCUCGGCUGCCAGUUCUCACAGCCCUUACACUGUUACACUCAAGACACUUGUGACCCCCUUUUCCGUGAGGAAGGGCUCCUUCCAAUCUAGAAGGAGAAUUUCGGAGCCUUCACUCUGUGCUUCUGGGGAUGCACACCUGUCUCUUUUCAUGGGGAUUUCUUUCAGGUCAAUAUCAGCUACUGGAAACCUAAAAGUGAUGUUCUGGAUUUUCACUAAUUCUCCCUACAGACAGACAGUGAGGAACCCUGCCCCUCUUUUCACAGAUAUAUUUUAUGUCAGCAACACACAAGCCACAUAAUUAAGUAAAAUUGUGUGAAAAGGUUGCUCUUUAACCAGAAGGAAAAUACCUACAUGCUUGAGAGGCAACAGCUCAUAGAGGGAAGGAAGGUGUCACCCCAGUGCAUUAACUGUAUUCGGUUCUGUUUUCUUUUGGUUUUAAUCUCAGCUUUUGUCACUGAUACAUUGAAAAACAGGUUUUUUUGCUAUGAAUGUAGUGAAACAGAAACAUUUUGGAAUACCUUAAUUAAACAUGCUAUCUCUCUAUAUAACCGAAACAUUUUUCAGCAGUACACAUAAGACUUCUUUUCAUUAAAAAUCUGUUCUCCCUUGCAAGCAUGUAGAUGUCAAGAGAGUUUUGUGGGAAAGUUUUUUUUUUUCUUUUUUCUUUUUUGUUCCAGGAUUGGUUUUUUCCUGAGUGCUUUCAAAACUACUUUCUUGAGCAAGAAUGGUUUAUAGAAAUUGACAGCUUCUGUUUGGUUAGGCUAACUCCCCAGAAAUCAGGUUAGGUAAUAGACAUCUCCUAUGGCUUAUUAUGAUAGUGAAGUGUAGGAAUAACUGAAAAGUUUUAAUCAUGACAGUAUCCACUAAAAGCCUAUUUUUAGAACUUUCUUUCUUGAACUAUGAAAAUAGAUUCAUAAUUUUAUCCUACACAUUAGUUUAUGUGUGAGCAGACAUGGUCAAGCCACUUUUCUCUCUGGUUUCCUGAAAGAGCUUAGUUUUGUCCCCAUGUGGAAUAAGGAAUUCAGUGACUGGAUGCUGGUGAGGUAACUCUGAUCACGGUGAGUGAGCAGUCCUCCUGUGGCCUUGGUUCUCCCUGGACCUUCCAGGCUCUGCCUUCAAAUGCCCAUGACAUUGAAGUUCCUUUGAUAGCCUUCCUGGUGGAUUUCCUUCUGACCUUUUUUUUAUCCAGGACAACCCCCUUCAGUGACAUAAGAGCUUGGCUAAAGGAAAAUUUAUCGGGGUCAAUAUAAAUAUUCAAGUUCAGAAGCCCCAGAAAACACUUCAAAGAUUUUUAAAUAGCAUUUUGUUGUAACGCGCGUACUUUAAAAAGUCCUUUCAGUCUCACUGAGGUUACAAGAAAGACUGAAGAGCAUAAAGGAAAUUUAAUUAAAAUUUUUGAAUUUAUUAUGGCCUUAAAGACUCUUGGGAAUCAGGGUCUGUUAAACAUUCAGAAAAUGUGGUACACAUAUUAAUAUAGCAUGGCUGGGCAUUCUUCUGUUUGAAAGUUUAAAUUGUUUAGCCUCUCAAAAAUAUCAGGCAGUUACAGUUAACAUGAUGACUGCAUCUGGUAUUAGCUAAAUUGGUCCUAAGUGGUAGUAUUUUGCCAGACAUUGAUUAAGUCCUUCUAGGCUACAUUUACUGAACUGCAAUAAACACACAGCUCUUCUGUGGAGUAGUUAACAAUAAAUGCUGUCCUAUUACAUUUCUCCCAGGCUCUGUCCCUUCUAAAAUGCUCCAUCCACUUCUGGAAGGGACACUGAUAAAAUCCUUGAGGUGCAACCUGAAACCAUUAUCUUCAAUUGAAGAUAAUUUCAGGAGAUCUUUGGUGGUGGUGGUUGUUAUCACAAAGAAACAAAUGUUGACCAAGAAUGACAAGGCACCUUUAUCUAGAUUUUCCCUGACUAGUUUCCCCAGUUCCUCUACCAGGUAUGAGGAUGGGGUUUAAUAGGUGUUGAAAGCUCACUGUCCCCAGGGAAUACCAGUGCCAGCCCUGCGUACCUGACCUUCCCUCCAGCCCAAGUCCUUAACAAGACUGCUUUUAUCGGGAACUUUGUGCAUAGGCCAAGAGGUGGUCAAUUAAAAGUUGCAUAUAUGCACCAUGCAACAUCAAGGGCAUGUAUUAAAAUGAAUAUAAAAUGUAUUAAAAGUGAGGGACUUUUGCACAUCUUCCAAUUAUUGGGUCUUUCCUUGUCUGCCUGUAUGUAGAACUCCAGGAGCCCUGCAUCAGUCACAACACUUCCAGUGUCUCCUGCCCUAGGUCUCUGAGCCAGACAUUUAAUCAAUCCUGAACUCACCAGUAAUAAUCUGUCAUUGUAGCCAUAGUGUCUGGACAAAGCAAUGCUGAAAUAAUCGUUAGCAUUUUCAAAAUUGGGAAAUAAAAGUAACAGUUUGAAACUACAAUGGGAUUGCUCUGUUACGUGUUUAUGAGCCAGUUCCUUCCAGUGGAACAGAUUAAUACCUUAUGUUGUUAGCUGACCCUUCCGGGCAGGAACACGUACAUCCACUGAAUUAAUUAGGUCUAGGUCCUGUUCGGCUGCAUUAAGUGGGAUCAGUCUCACGUGAGUAAUGGCAUAUGAUGGAAACAUUUUUUAUGCACAAGUGACAUGAUUCAAGUUCUCUCUCCAGCCUGUCUCAGAGAUCAACACACAGUGCAUGUUCAAGGCUGAUAGGUAGAGUGACCUGGUCUCAUUUCUGCUCAACUAUGGGAAGAGGCAGAGAGGGAGGUAGGGAAUUAUCGAGAAAUCCAUGACAGGCCAAAUAGUCUCUGAAUAUAUUCUGAUACUCUGUCACAUUAUCCGAUUCGACUUCCCACUUUCUGAUAGGUUAGAACUCUUUCUCAGUUGUGACAGCCGACGAAGGCAGCUACAUUUAGAAGUUAACUACUUAGGUAAAAUGUGCCUGCGUUCAAACUUGUUUCUUUUUAUACUCUGGACAUUUCCAUUGUGAAAAUUAUUCUGCAUGUUCUUGUCACUUGGGCAUUAUUUACACAAUUGGUAAAUGAAAGGUAUCUCUCUGUGAAUUCAAGGAUAAAAUGUAAGUUCUGAUUCUUGUUUUCUUAAAUAAAUGAAGCCUUUUAGUAAGACGUAAUAAUCCAGCAUACUCCUCUACAAGCUUGGAAUGAUAGAAUUUAAAGAAUUAAAGACAUUGCUAUAGUUCUUACUUUUGUUACAAAAGUGUGCAUGUAGAUAUAGUUAUAUAAUUGUAUAUAUACGUAUCUACACACAUGUUGGUUUUAUAUUGUCUUUUUUCAUCAAACUUUUCCUAAAACCUUUACAACCAAUUUUAUUUUAAUUAUGCAAACGCCAGUGUUUUAAUAGAAAAACGUAAAUGUUAUAUGUCCUUCUAUUAAAAAAAAAUUCGGUCUUCCCACACACUGAUAUUUUACACACCCUAGGUAUGUUAAAAAGUAUGGCAGAAAUAUUUAAAAGGCACUAUGCAGGUAGAACCCUGAACACUGUGGCCUCAUCAGAAUGUGACGCCGAACAUUGAUGAGAAGGUUAUUUAUUAUAUAGCUCAUGGCUUUUACAAGGUUAGGGGCAAAAGUGAAUAUUGGCUUCGUGGAAAAUAGUCUUCUUACCAGGUAGGUUUCACACAAAUUAACUGCACUGAUAGUGCUAACACCUAACAUUUCUGAUGCCGCACAUCUUGUUCUACUCCAGAUAAAACACGUAUGACAUUUUUCCGGUGGGAACCAGUGAACUUUUUUAACAGCUUUGGGAAUUUUUUUGUAUGAUAAUUUUUAAACCGGAAUGUGUACCCUUCAAACUAAUGAAGGCCUGAGGUUUUUCCAGGAGUCACAUUUUAAAAGUGUUUGUAUACAUUUUAACACCUUUGAUAUUUUCUAUUUUGGUUUUGUAUAUUUUUAUGUAUACACAGUGUACAGACUUUUUUCUUGUAAAUAAAACAUGUUUUCAUUUGUCUAGAA